AUGGAGGCGUCGUCGUUGGCGCUCGUGGCCGCGGUGCUCCUCCUCUCCUCCACGCUUGCUGCGUCAGAUUUCUGCGUGUGCCGUUCGGACCAGCCGACGGCGGUGCUGCAGAAGGCGAUCGACUUCGCGUGCGGUCCGCAGGGCGGCGCCGACUGCACGGCCAUCCUGCAGGGCGGCGGGUGCUACAACCCCAACACCGUCGCGGCGCACUGCUCCUGGGCCGCCAACAGCUACUACCAGAACAACAAGGCCAGGGGCGCCACCUGCGACUUCGGCGGCGCAGCCACCGUCUCCACCACCGACCCCAGUUUCUCCGGCUGCACUUUCGCUUCAAGUGCCACCAGCGCUGGCGCUGGGACCGGGACGGCGGGCAACACGACCGCGGGCGGCGCGACGACGGGCACGGGCACGGGCACCUUCAGCCCCGGCGUGGGCACCGGCGGCUUCAACGGCACCGGGAUGGGCGGCGGCACCCUGGGACCCACGGGCACCCUGGACGCCGCCGCGCCCGGCCUGCUCCCCGGCGCCGCCUCCCUCGCUGCCGCCACUGUCCUCUCCUUGCUAGCCCUGCAGCUGCACCAUUAA